GCUUGAUAUGCUGUCUGAAACCCCUACAGACAAUGUACAAACCGAUAAGGAUAAUGUUGUGGAAUCUAAUCCAAUAUCCAGCCCAGCUGUAUCGGGAACCCCUUCACGGAGCAAGAAGAAAAGGAUGAUUAUUGAAGAUGACUUCUUCUCAUUGAGCUCAUUCUCUGAUAAAAAGAGCAAGAAGAAACAAAAGGCUAAGAAACAAAAGUCAACAGAUGGUGAGAGCACAUUACCUCGAUCAGAAGAGUUAGUGACAGACAAAACAGAAAAUAUUGUCAACUCGACGCAAGAUGUAGUCGAGCCUAAGGAACAGAUAGACAAACCCUCAAUAAGUACACCACAGACCUCUGGUCCUGAGGUAGAAUCUAGCAAAUUGACAGACACUUUAGUUGUCAAAGACUCGACGCCUAGGCUCGAGAAUCUCAAAUUGCAGGAAUCCCCUCAAAACCCAAACAAUAAUGUGAAUCCUGAUUUGAAAAUAAGCGAAGAGGACGAGUUAGAUAUGUCCUUUAUCAAUAGUCUCGUUGAUGACCAGGAUGAGGAUGCCUACAAGUUCUCUGAAGAGAACGAGAAGAAAAGAAUGUACAUCAUUAAAGUAUUCACCAAACUUGCGACUCCCAAAAACUAUGAUACUACCGCAAGCUCUGACUUUGGUGCAAAAGGAACUAAAUUAUUUGGAAAGAUUUUGGAAGCAAUUAUUGAAAACUUCAGGUCACAAUUUUCAAGAAGGUUAAAAGCUCCCGAAUUAAAACAAUAUGACAGUUCUCUCAGCAGCUUGAUAUGGGUUGAAGGUAAAAUGGAAAUCAAGUCAUUUUUUAAACCAAGUACCCUAAGAAUAGAGCCGCCCCAACCUUUUGAUAUCCUAGCUGAUGAAGUGGAAUCUAUGGCACCAACUUUUCUCACCUGCAUUCUAAUUCCAAAGGAGAAUGUUACGAACUAUUUGCAAAUCUAUCCUGAGUUCAAAGCAAACAGAACAUAUAUCCCAAUUACUGAUAUUCCUUUGGAAACUAAAGAAAAUGAUUUGGAAGACUUGUUGAGUGAAGAGGAUAAUGAUGUUGUGGUCAUAGAUGAGGACUCACCAGCACCGGAACCAAGUAAAGAAACCGUAUCUAAAGAUGCUUUCUUUGUCAUAGGCUUAAAGGGAAAGGAUAAUAAGAGGAUAGAGGUAGAAGUAUCACCUCAAACUCCACUUAGAAAGCUCUUGAUCCAUUUUUUGAAAGUCAAAGAGCUCGACCCCAGCUCUGUUGACUUUAACAAAGUUAAAUUAAUCUUUGAUGAUGAAGUUUUGGAUUUGGAUGAUACAGUGGAAAACACAGAACUAGAAGAAGAUUUCGAGGUUCAGGUUGUAUUAUAAUAACGAUGACUUAGCACACAGUAAUUUUACCACAUAAUAGAAGUAUGUAAGGAUUCUUACCUCUUUGGCGAAAGAAUCAAAGAAAGAAUAUGUAGCGCGUUUUCGUAUUGCAACAUUAUAUCGGAAC